GAAUUGGGCCGGCUUCGGCGUCAGCACUUCGGCUGUGAGUCCGACCUCGUGAACCUCCUUCUCAAGAGCGGCUUCCAGGAAGAGCGCAUCUUGAGCCUGUUCUGGGAGCAUCGACGUUGUUACAUCACUCCCUUGGACUUUGCCCAGAUCCGUGCUUUGGGGAUCAGAAAGGUGCGACUCCCGAUCACCUGGUGCAUCAGCUAUGACUCCUCGUACGUCAUCAAAGGCCGUGGCUUCGAUGGGGCAACCAGGGAGGUCAGCAUCAAACCCGGAGAUGGCAUCGUCGAGGACCCCUUUCAGAAUGACCCGGCCUUUGACCCGACCGGCUUGAAGAUGCCCUCGGACAAAUGGAUUUGCACUCCAAUCUCUGCGGUGGAACAUAUCCUGGAGACAGCCGCGGACUUCGGCAUCGAGGUCCUGCUUGACGUUCAUGCUUUUCCCGGCGGGUCCAGUGCUGGCACUUUCAACGGCGUCUGGCCCCUGAACCCCAGGUUCUGGAGCGCUUACGCCAAAGACAACUUCAAGACGAUUGUGGGUCGUCUGUUGGACUGGAUGGACUCUCUUAGCCUGGCGAAUCGGAAGGCUUUUGCUGGGCUCUACGGUCUUUCUCCAAUGAACGAGCCCGCCCAUCUGCGAGGCCUCUACGAUCCCAAGGGCGCCGCCUGCCCUGUUCCCUACCAGGAGGCAUCCAGCCAGCCGGACACUGGAAACUGGGCCGCAAAUGUGUCGACUGCAGAGAUCUUGGCAACCCUGGCAAUUAGUGUUGAGGAGUUCCGAAAACGUCCGGCUCUGCACAUGGGUAAGAAGAUGCUGGUCAUGAACGUCAUCGAAACAGCCUUCGCUGGAACCUUCGACAAAGAGGAUGUGCAUGCCUUCGCCGCCAGUCAGAAGGGGGAGAUCGGUUGUGUGACCGGGUCUAUUGGAGCCUGGUGGCGCGGCAUCACCACCCUGGAAGAGCGCAAGUCUUGGGCAGUACUGGACUUGCACAACUACAUCGCCUGGGACCCAAAGGCCAAAGAGUUUGAGGAGAUCGAAACCCUUGAGCAGCAAAGGGGGCUGCUGGAGCAGAUGAGUUUGCCCUUCUUCCGGCAGCUGCGCGAACGGGCGCAGCUGCCAGAGCCGCAGCUCCUGGCAUGCUCGGAAUACAGCGCCAGCACCAAUCAGGACACUCGUUUAUCCACCACCAGCGGAGUGGGGAAGAGGCCUCUUCGACUACCAGCCACAUUCACCUUCAUGGACCUCCGAGAUGCCUUUCUGCGUUUUCAGAACCGGGCAGCCAGGGAGGAGCGUAUCCAAAUGUGGUUCUGGACCUACCACAUUCGCAAGAACAUCAACUACCAGGGUGAAUGGUCGUUGCUACAUGCUUUGUCCCCACUGCAGCGCUUGCUGGCGCGCUUAGCGACGGGCACCCCAAUGGCGACAGGUGAGUUGGCCAUCGCCUGCAUGAGGUGUGCCUUGCAUUUUUUCUAUGUGGCUUUCUUGCUGGCCAGCGCGUGGCUACGAGCUCCUGUGCG